AUGACAAUCAAAUACCUCAUUCUGCUGUCCCGGCAGGGCAAAGUGCGCCUAGCCAAGUGGUUCACCACACUCGCCCCCAAGGACAAGGCCAAGAUUGUCAAAGACGUCUCGCAGCUCGUCCUCGCCCGCCGCACGCGCAUGUGCAACUUCUUAGAGUACAAAGACACCAAGAUCGUCUAUCGCCGAUAUGCCUCGCUCUUCUUCAUCGCCGGCUGCGACUCGACCGACAAUGAGCUGAUCACGCUCGAAAUCGUCCACCGCUACGUUGAGCAGAUGGACAAGUACUACGGCAACGUCUGCGAGCUCGACAUCAUCUUCAACUUCCAAAAGGCAUACUUCAUCCUCGACGAGCUGCUGCUUGCGGGGGAGAUGCAAGAGAGCAGCAAGAAGAACGUGUUACGGUGCAUUGGACAGCAAGACAGCCUCGAAGAUAUGGAGUACCUCGAUUUGUGCGCCCUCCACGAGGUCAACCUCGCUCUCAACUUCGACACGCAAGAUACAGCCAUCAUCGGCGGAUGCGAUCUGUGGACGAUAAAAGCAGCCGGUAGCGACAAGAAACUAUACAAGCGCAUCGAGCGGACGCUCGAGGAGCGACACAAGGACUUGCUGUCGGCGGUGGCAGGGCUCUCCGAGCAAUCUGCCGCUCAGUUUGCAGACCAACUCGAUGUCUCUCGAGACACACCAUUCGGAACCUUCAGCGAAGCCGCGAACCGUCAUACAUUUGCCUACCUGAUCGCGACGCUCAACGCAACCCACAUCGAUUACGAUUUUGCCAAUACACUGAAUCCGGACGAGUUCCGUCGCGAGACCAUACACAGCUUCAUGCACAAGAUCGACACAACAAUGUACUACCUCCGCCCACAAGUUUACUCUGCAGGACUACCAGCAGGCGCAGUCACACCGCUUGGCUCACCGAUCUGGAGUCCACGGAGUUGGCACCUACUUGACAGCGAGAUGGAGAUGUCAAACUGCGAAUACUAUGCAUGGGAGCCUUCAGAUGACCCAUUUGCUGACGACGGCGCCAUUUGGAGUCACCACUUUUUCCUGUACAACAAGGAGCGUAAGCGAGUCGCAUACUUCUACCUUCGCGGAGUAUCUGCUCUAUCGAACUCGCCUAGUGUCGCCAUGUCGCUCAUGUCCAAGUUCAAAGCAUCGAAAUACGAGUCCAGCGCCAACGCAGGAAGCAGGAAGCGUGCCGAAUACUGGCUCGGUGACCGUGCUAGAAAAGGACUCGAGGCAUACGGAGACAGUGACGAGCUCGACAACAUGGUCAUUGAUCACCCCGGUGAUGUUGUCGACGCUGAACAACAACGGUACCUGCCAGCCAGAGAGAUGAGCAUGGAUGCCGAAUACUACGAGAGUGAGGACGACAGCGAUGUUGAGUCACUGGUCGACCGAGAGAGGGCUGUGAGCAAGAUACGGUCGAUGAGCGAGUGCGCUAUGGAAAGGAUGGAGGUCUGA